AACGGUGGUAACUUUUUUGGAAUGUUUUGUUUCUACAUGACUAUAUAAAAGUAUCAUCUGAGUAAGAAUUAAAACUUAAAGUGCAGGCUAGAUCCUUAGUUUAUGAUUUUACAAGUGCAGGUGUGCUUAAUUUAGAGUACAGUGUUGAGCUUGACUCCUUUGAUGUGGUUAGUGUGCCUACCUAAUUGUUUUCAGGAUUGCUUUGGAUAUGAAUCUUUAGUCAAGCAGUGAUUUCAGAGGCAUUGUGGGAACACUUGAAAAUACUGUAACCAGUAAGUGAGCUAUAUUAGUAUCUGGGUAAGUGUUACUGCUGAAGUAAUAAAUAACACAACCAUCUUUGGAGCUUGAACUUCUGAAAUAACAUGGCAGUAAUAUAUGCAUAAAGGCUAUUUCCAUGUUUUAGCUUUGUCUUUUACUUUAGGUGAUGGAAAGUAAUUGUUAUAGGACUGCAAUUUAUUAGGACUUACGUAGCAUAAUUAAGUGAGCAAGAAUCAAAUGUCACCAUAGGAUUUGCUGUGCUAAGCAUAAGUAGAUGGAGAACAAAUGUGUCCCAUUUAGAAUCUAAAAUGUCUGUUAACUAUGCUGUGAGUAGGGCUGAAAAUAAUUUUCUCAGUUUUUUCACUGUAGUAUCAGGACAAACUCAUUACAGCAGUAUUUUGUCGGGUUUUUUUUGAGGUGUAUUUAUUUUUCUUCUUUAUUUAGAUGUUGAAACAUUUAUUUCCCAAACACUAAAAGGAGAAAAUCUAUCCAAGAAAGCUAAAGAAAGAAGAGAAGUUCUUCUUAAGAAGAUGAAGGAUAUUAAGGCAAGUUAUCCUCAGGAAUUCCCGGAGCAAGAGCUGGAAGAUGAGGAAGAGUCUGAGAACUCUCUUUCUUCACCUCCUGAUAGCGUCUCAAUAGCAUCUGACCGAUAUGAUAAAGAGGACGAAGCACCUUCUGAUGGGAAUCAGUUUCCUCCUGUUGCAGCUCAGGAUCUUCAGUUUGUUCUGAAGGCUGGAUACCUGGAAAAACGUAGAAAAGACCACAGUUUUCUUGGCUUUGAAUGGCAGAAGCGUUGGUGUGCUAUCAGCAAGACGGUUUUCUAUUACUACGGAAGCGACAAAGACAAACAACAGAAAGGUGAAUUUGCCUUAGAGGGCUACACCAUCAGAAUGAAUAAUAGCCUUCGGAAGGAUGCAAAGAAAGAUUGCUGUUUUGAAAUCUCUGCUCCAGAUAAGCGCAUUUAUCAGUUUACAGCUGCCACUCCCAAGGAAGCAGAGGAAUGGGUACAGCAAGUCAAAUUUGUAAUUCAAGACACAGGAUCUAAUACUAUUCCUGAGGAGGAAGAGGAAUAUGAUGAUGUUGGACAAGCAAACAGUGAACCAAUAGAUGAUAGCAUUUAUGAAGAAGUUAAAGAAGAACGUCUUUCUUCAAACGCUGAAGUGCCAAGCAAUGAGAGCCAGGAGGUAGUUACCACUGUUUCAGAUAGCGAAAAUACCGAUUAUGCCAAUUUCUAUCAAGGUUUGUGGGACUGCACAGGAGAUGAAACUGAUGAGUUGACAUUUAAACGUGGUGACGUUAUCUACAUUAUCAGCAAGGAGUACAAUAGAUUUGGCUGGUGGGUAGGAGAAAUGAAGGGAACCAUUGGCUUGGUGCCUAAAGCCUACAUAAUGGAGAUGUAUGAUAUUUGAGAGGCCUGGGAGAAAUCUGCACUUGGAAUGAAGAGUGGUGUGCAGCUGCAGUUUACAGACCCAGCCUCUGGAAGAAGAUUCUGCUGUACAUGUUUUGUGGUUUCAGCGAAUGUAGUCACAUCGUUGCCUUGUGUAUAUUAAACAUUAUAAACUGUAAUAGAUCAUAACUUUACGGAAAUGUUCUUCUUAGCCACUUUUUAUAGAAUUGUAAUGCUAGGAAAUUAAUAGAUGGUAAUUAACAUAUGGGGCACAAGCAGCCAUAUAGUUCUUGUUGCUCUUUUUUUUUUAACAUGUUAGCAGCACUCUGUAUAGCUGUAGGUUUGUGUUCUCAGGGAAUUUGGCUAUCUUUUCCUAGUCUGCAUAUUCAGAAAAAUUAAGCAGAGCUUUGAGGGUAAACUAUUAUUCAAUUCAUGCGUGCAUUAACCUUUUCAUAUUCACUGUACAUCUUGAGCAGUUUCAUUAGAAAGUUGAGGGAAAUUUAAGUAUAAUACUUCAAGUCUUCAGGGUAUUCUGUUUCCAGAUGUUUUAAAGUUAUGCUUUAGCCAGUGAUUUAUUUUUCUCAUAUAUUUAGUAUUGUAUUGUUAAUUGCUGUUUUGUUGACACACAACGAAGACUUGGUUCUUUUGCUGAUGUAAAAAAUACUGCCAUGGUACUAUUCUGACUUGGACAUGGUAAUUCUAUGAAAAUUUGUGAAAAUAUAUUAACCCCGACAAUUUUUGCUAAGUCAACAUAAGCUAAAUUGCAGGUAAAAAUAAUUUAUCCAUGGUAGUGUGAAAUACUUUAACUGUACCUUACAGAUACUUUUGCAGAGUCAAAUCUGGAUGCCUUGCUAGUAUGUGGAAUUCUGAUACAGGUUGUGCAACAGAGAUCUUCAUCUUCACCCUGUGUGUUUUAGCAAAAGCUACCCGCAUUCUUGUAUCAAAGCCAGAACUUUGUGGCUAAUCAAAAACAUUGAUUGAAAGAUAAAAAAGUACACUAAAAUACUACCCCUUGUGGACAAGUGGUUGGGAAAGUCAGAGUAAAUACUUCACACACUCUUCUUUUGGAGAUGUGCUUUACCAUUAGAAUGCAAGAUGAACUUUUUUGGGUCCUCCCAGAGAGCUGAUUUGUGAGACCCUUAAUCUGCCAGCGAGGCGGCUCAGGCCAGCCUGUGAGUUGCUGAGCCCGUGCAGGUCCCCGUGUAGCUGCUUGUGCUGUUUUUGCUUCAGGCAGACCCCGGGAACACAGUGGGUUAAAAGGAAACGUCAAUCUGAACUCGGAAUUUGGAUCCUUUCAGUAAACUAAGAUGUUGUGCUCUGUGUUAGCUGAUGUGUGGUACUUGCUGGUACACUGAAUUCUAAUGGCCAUCAAACGAGACAGAGUUUUGUUGUAAUUUUUUAAAGAGAUAGUCAUUGGAAUUGAUUCUGUGCGUUAUCAGCGAAGCAUUAAAAUGAUAGAUUAUAGUCUUCAGAUCUUUUACUACUUUAAUUUGUCAAGCGUACUGGUGGAUUGUGUACA